CCCUUCUUCUCCCAUCAAACACAUUGAAAGUGGUCACUACGCCUCCAUCAAUCCAUCCAGCACUCAUAACUCGAUUCCUUUGAGAUCUCUCCCAAAAUGGCGUCGACCACCACGAGGCUCGUCUGUGCUCCACUCCUCAUGCUGCUCCUGCUCUCUGUGUCCACGGCCAACUCAGUCCAAGAGACCGGCAGCUCACUCAAAAGCUCCACCCAGAAGAAUGUGUUCGUCCUCGACAACUACGGCGCCCGUGGUGACGGAAAGCACGACGACACGCAGGCGCUGGCCAGGGCGUGGAACGCGGCGUGUUCCUCGUCCCGGCCGGCCGUGCUGCUCGUCCCCAAGGGCAAGACCUACCUGCUCAAGGCCAUCACCCUCUCUGGCCCGUGCAGAUCCAGCAUCGUCUUCAAGGUGAAGGGCACGCUCAUCGCUCCUCCGAGCAUGUCGGCGUGGACCGACAACGAUAGGAGGCGCUGGAUCUUCCUCCAGCGCAUCACCGGCCUCACCGUCAAUGGUGGCGGCACCAUCAACGGCAACGGUGAGAUCUGGUGGAACAACUCGUGCAAGACCAACAAGGCUCUGCCGUGCAAGGGGGCUCCGACGGCCUUGACGUUUCACCUCUGCAAUAAUCUAAAGGUGGAGAACCUGAAACUUGUAAACAGCCAGCAAAUCCAUGUGUCUGUUCAGGACUGCAGCAACGUGCACUUGGCCCGGCUGUCCAUCACCGCGCCUGGCACCAGCCCAAACACCGACGGCAUCCACAUCACCCACAGCAAAUAUGUGCAGGUCAGAGAUUGUCUCGUCAAGACCGGUGAUGACUGCAUAUCCAUCGAGAAUGGGACUCACGAUCUUCAUGUCACAAAAGUUGUUUGUGGCCCGGGACAUGGCAUCAGCAUUGGAAGCUUAGGAGAUGGUAACUCCAGAGCCGAGGUAUCCCGUAUUUACAUUGACACCGUACGAUUGUAUGGCACGACCAACGGAGCCCGGAUCAAGACAUGGCAGGGAGGGAGUGGAUAUGCUAAGGAUAUCGUAUUCCAGAAUAUGAUCAUGGAUAAUGUGCAAAAUCCAAUUAUCAUUGACCAAAACUAUUGUGACUCCGCCAAGCCAUGCAAGGGCCAGAACUCAGCGGUAGAGGUACGGAAUGUGGCGUUCAAGAAUAUUCAAGGGACCACCAUUUCCAAGGAUGCCAUCAAGCUGAGUUGUAGCAAGAAUCUCCCGUGUUCUGGCAUUGCCUUAGAGAACAUCGACCUUAAAUUGGAGGGUGGGAAGGGUGACACCGAGAGUACCUGCCAGAACGCAAAAUGGAGGAAGUCAGGAAAUGUUAUUCCUCUACCAUGUAAAGGAAAAAAUUAAGUUGUAGUGGAAAUGAGCUAGUUUAGCCAUGUAUAAUGUACAAUAUAAAGCUUCUAUGGAAAUUCAUUAAUGAAUCCUACUUUUGCAUACAUCAUUGUAGUUACUUUUG